GUGUUUGCCCACAACGAUGGAGUCAUUUUUCUAAUACUGUGGUUGUAAAAUUUCACCUUCUCUGAAGUCUGUUACUUUUAGGUGAUAUUAUAAAAAAGGUGCAUUUCUCUUUUCAUAUUGGGAACAGUUCGUAGGCGAACCUGUGUGGAAGGGAGGCACAUGGUCGACUAAGUGUGUUUUUCCUGUCAGGUCGUCCCAGCAGUCUUUUGUGAAUGCUUCAGAGAGAGCCGCACACACUGGAAUAGCUGGGAGAAUGUUUCUGUGGGCCGGAAGCAAAGGAACUCAAGGAUCAGGAAGUGAGAGAAGCAGGACCAUUUAUCAGAAGAUUCGCGAGUAUGACGUUUUGGAAAAGAGGAGGACAGUCACAGCACUAAAGGCUGGAGAAGACAGAGCCAUUCUCUUAGGCCUCGGCAUGAUCCUUUUCUCUGCCAUGAUGUACUUUGUGCUAGGCAUCACAAUGGUGCGCUCUUACUCAGACAGGCGUUGUGCACGUUUGUGAUGACGUAAGAUAAACGCAAACACACCAGGGUUCGAUAGAAUCAAGUUUAGUGUGAAAACAGACCAACGCUGCGGGGGGGACUAGGAACGAUCCCGCCUGGGCUCGAACCGCAGCAAAUGUGCCCAGUGUAAAAGCCCCCCCUGUUAUGUCUCCCUCUGCCUGCUAACUUUUUGAAGAUAACUACCUGGUAACUUCCCAAG